GUCUGGGUCUCCCACUUAAAACGAAAUGAGAAGCGGGGAUCUCAAGUUUCUCUCCAAAUAAACAGUCUGCCUGUACUCCAGGCUUAUGUACUUAAAAAUAUACAUAUAAAUAAGAAAUACAUAGCAUAUGUAUGUAUGUACAUAUGUAUAUGACAAAUUAUAUCCAAGUCUUGCCUUUCUGCGAACAGUUCGGAAUUCGAAUUCAUAGAACGCGGUCGCUUCUGCGCACAAGCAUAGUUUUGGAAAAAAUAACUGAGAUAUCGAUAGAAGACUUUGAUAUUCGAAGCUUUCGUAUCUGUUCUUCAACACUGAAAUCUGAAAAACUUUUUAUUGCGUUUCAAAAAGAAACAACCCCCAAGAAGCAAUGUCGGAAACAUCGAGCAAGUUGCUAUGCCAAACUUUAAACACCGCCCUGAGGACGCUGGUGCUCCGAGAUAGUCCCCCAGUUAAGAUUCCACAGCAUGUGCUGAGCUUGCAAAAAGAUAUCCUCAAGGAGCUUAACAAGAUCGAUGGCUCGAACGGAGCACGUUUCAGCUUAGUGGAGAUGGGCUGUCCCCAGCAGCAGAUCCAUAAGGUUGAGGAAGAUGCGUACGAGGUCUUUGUUAAAGUGCAGUUUCCGUUCAAACUGACUCCCAUUCGGGACGAGGUGCGUCCGGGAUUUGUGAUGUUGUAUGCCGGCGACAAAGUGAAUCAUCCGACUGUCUAUCAAGGAUUUGUGUUCCGGGAGCUCAUCGGCAGCUGGCUAAUGGGAAUCAGUACCCCAAAGCUGUCAUCUAUGCUACGACUUGAUGCGUCCACUGCCCAGGUGGAAGCGCCCCAGACUGGUGUCCAUUUGACUUGGCUGCCGGUGAUUGAGUUUCAGCACUCGGAUUGGCAGCUGCCAUGUCCCUGGCUGACGGAGAGUCACGACUUGAAGCCGGACUUGGCGGCCUAUCGCUGGUACGCUGUGCCCCAGGUGACGACGCCCUUUGAACACCGCAGCUUUAUGGUCUGGGCCCCGGAACUGGAGCGCCGUCUUAUGGCUGCCCAUCCCCACUCCCGGGGAGUACUGCGCCUGCUCAUGUCGACGUGCACAAAGAAUCAGAACAUUAUGCGCAUCAAAAUAAAAGGACUCGACGAUGCAAUCCGGGCAGUGAUCCUGCAGGAGCUUCCCAGAUUGCCAUGCGAUCUGGACACUUGUUGUAUUGCUGUCUUCGAGACCUUAGUGAAUCAUAUCGAACGCGGCAGUGUGCCGAGAUACCUUACGCCGAACGUCAAUAUGUUUCAUUUCAAUGACUUGGUGACGCUGGAGAGAUACCACCAGAAAUUGAAGAGCACUUUCCAGAGCCUGAAGGCCUUCAGGGAAGAGGCACUGGCCGAGGAACGUGGCGAGGAGGUGUACAAGAAGGACGAAAGGAAUAGCGAUGACGAGGAGCGAUACAAGUACAUAUACGUGGACGAUAAAGGGAGGAGGUAUGAGUUCGAUCAGACGGAUAGUUCCGACGAGGACGAGUCCUGGUCGGCCUAUGUGCUUCGAAUUUUCGAUGUACUUGAGUAUUGAACUUUAAAGUUUCAACCUUUUACAUAAAAAUAUAAAUAUGUAUGGCCCAUUUGUUGAA